AUGAAAGCGAUUGAAAAAGGUGAUGGAGGUGUCUUUUUUGUAUAUGGUUAUGGUGGAACUGGAAAGACGUUUCUUUGGAAGACAUUCGCAGCUGCAUUACGAUCGAAAGGUGAAGUUGUAUUGAAUGUUGCAUCCAGUGGAAUUGCUUCACUUUUGCUGGAUGGUGGUAGAACUGCUCAUUCAAGGUUUGUAAUUCCAAUCAACAUUAAUGAGGAUUCAAUAUGUUCGAUAGAGCCUAAUACUGAAUUAGGUGAUUUAAUUAAAAGAGCAACUUUGAUUAUUUGGGAUGGAGCACCUAUGACUCACAAGCAUUGUUUCGAGGCUCUCGAUAGAACAAUGAGAGACAUAUCACGUUCCAGUCAACCGAACAUGGAAUGCAAGCCUUUUGGAGGAAAGGUCAUUCUAUUUGGUGGUGAUUUUAGACAAAUUCUUCCGGUCAUCCCUAAAGGUACCAGAACAAUGAUAGUCAAUGCUUCUUUGAAUUCUUCUUAUAUAUGGCGAUACUGUCAAGUACUAAAGCUAACUGGGAAUAUGAGAUUAAGAGUUGGAUGUCAGGAAACAGAUUUAAAAGAAAUAAAGGAAUUUGCAGAAUGGAUUUUAAAGCUUGGUGAUGGUCUGCUUGGUGAAGAAAAUGAUGUUUCUGUGGGAUUUACGUAUUUCCAACAAAGAGCGAUUCUUGCUCCAACUAAUGAAGUAGUGGAUUCAAUAAAUAAAGAGUUGUUAGAGAAUUUGCAUGGUGAAGAGAAGAUUUAUUUUAGUUCAGAUAAUUUAUAUCAAUCUGAGGAAGAAUCAGAGCUUAACAUGGCAUUGUUUCUACCUGAUGUGUUAAACAAUCUUCGUUUGUCUGGUUUGCCUAACCAUAAAUUAGUAUUGAAACUUGGUGCUCCAGUGAUGUUACUUAGAAACAUUGAUCAGGCAAAUGGAUUGUGUAACGGUACACGUUUACAAGUCACGAAACUCGGAAAAGUUGUGAUUGAAGCAAAAAUUAUCACAGGGACUAAUGUAGGUCACCAUACUUUGAUUUCAAGACUGAAGAUGACACCUUCUGAUAAAAGAAUACCAGUGAAGAUUUCUUGA